UUUAAUCUUUUGAUGAGUGUGACGAUGUGUUAUUGAACAUUCUGGUCCGGCUAUAGUCCACACGGCGUUCAUAUUCGCGCUGGACGGAGGAGGUCGUCAGUGAACGACAUUCUUACGCCAGGGGCAGUCACCAUGAAAUUAUCGUUUUUCGUGUUUCUUGUCGGUUGGAUCGCUGCGAUCCAGUCGUCCGUUUUGCCACCGUCAUCAAUCAACGAUGUCAAAGAAGUUGAAGUGGCCGAGCAGGAAAGGCCAAGCAUUCGCCUCCUACCCGACGAUUCCGACAAGAUUUUCAAAACUGGCGUCACAUUCCAAAUCAUCUGCGAAGCCGAUUUCAAUCUCGACUGGAAACUGCCCAGCAUCUUGGAGACCCGAGAUUACGGAGUCGUCCUGAAGAACGAGCUGGAAGAUCGGAUCUCCAUCGAGGACAUUCAACUUUACGACGUCGGAGAUGAGUCGGCCAAUCGCGACGGACUAUUCGCUUAUCCUUAUCGGUCCAUCCUGACGGUGUCGGAGGCCAGUUACACGGACACCGGCUAUUACGCCUGUCACAAUCGCGACAACGACGACGGCGAUGACGGCAUCAGGACCUACAUUUUCGUCGAAGACGAGGACAAUCUGAUUGUGCAACACAGACAAGUGAUGAUGUUCUCGCAGAGAUUGUCCCGUUACUCGGUCAUCGUUCCGUGUAAACCAUCUCAUCCCGACAUUGAGAUGUCCGUCAUGAUCGACAAGGACACCAAAGCUGAUUGGGUGUACGACCCUCACGUCGGAUUCUACGUCGAUAACGAUUUCCUUAACUCGGCGGACAACAGUAAUUUGCCCGUGUACCGGUGCCUGGCCCGCCACCCAAAAGGAUUCGAGGCCGACAAUCCCGUCUACAUCUGGCAGCCUUUCAAACCACUCAUUGCGAUGGAGUCGGACGUGCUGAUCCAGAUGCCCACCAGACGACUUGUCGUCAGUUCGCACUUCCAGCUCAAUUGUUCCACCACAUUUUACCAGAGCCAAAAUUUAACCGUCGAAUUAUUCUGGAUGGUCCCUCAACUUCAAGGCAUCGACGGCAGGAGAGUUCGGUCGGAGAAAAUCGUUUUGAACGCGACGCCGAGAGGUGGAAAGAAGCGGACGACGGUGAGGUCCUCCCUGCGGGUCGUCAACGCCACCCUGGACGACAGCGGUUUGUACAUGUGCGCCAGCCACCAAAGCUCCAAAGAAACCAGCACGAUGGAAUGGGCCGAAGUCUUUGUCAACAUCCAUCAUAAAGAAGAUGAAUCGUUUCUCCUGGUUUCGACGCCGUACAACGACGGCCCACGAGAUGUGGAGGCCGGCGAAACGGCGACGUUCGUCGUCUACGUCGACGCCCGCCCCGAUCCCGCCGUCGACUGGUACAAGGACAGCGAGGCGGAGCCGAUCACGCCGUCGUCGAAAUACGUCGUCCACCGCAGUUGGGGCAAAACUUACCUGAAGAUCAGAGACGCCACGGUGGCCGACAACGGCGUCUACCGUCUAGUCGCCACUUCCGGCAAGCAGCGCAAGAGCGUCAACUUCACUCUCGUUGUCGAUGAACAGCGGCCGCAAGCGAUGAUGAUGAGCUGGCGCUAUUCGUUCGAACUCGUUUCGCCACUUUUCUGGAUCAAUUCUCAGCCGCCCAUCGUCGGAUUCUCGUUCCUUCAGUGUCGACCUCCGCUCCCUUGCCAGACAUUCACCCGGCGAUCCAGUGAAAAUGAUGAAACCGUUUGGGAUGUCGAUACCUCCCGGCAAAUCGAUCGCAAAGGCCACAUCGUCCUGGAACCUUUGACGAUUUACAUUAAAAGCUUCGUGGAAGGUGAUAAUUCAACUAUCGAGACGGGCAACGAGCCGGAACGGUUCUUCUAUUUGGGUUGGGUCGUCAACACGUUUUACAACACCAACGGCAGCGGUUUGUGGCUGUGGACCCAAGCGGAUGGAACAACUCUUCCGCUCGACCUAUCCAAUCCGCCUUCAGGUUUCAAUAUUUCUAAAAGGCAUUGCUUGGAUAAAAGGGGAUACUGUUACAGAAUUAAAGGAAUCAACACGAAUUCGGAUCAACUUGGUCACAGCGUCGUGGCCGGAGAAGUUUUCACCUGGACGUUUCACUCCUCGGCGGACGGGUCCCGCAUUGCCAUUCCCAUCCAGAUUCAAGAUGCUCGAGAGCCGGUGAUCAUCAAGAGCAGCGUUUCGACGGUGUCAGUUGAACAAGGGAAAUCGACAGAACUUUUUUGUCUGGCCGACGGCCUGCCCAGUCCGGGUUAUCAGUGGCUGUUGAACGGGGAUCCUGUUCCGGAUGAAUGGAUUGAACCGACGGCCGACGGAGUUCGAUUGAAAAUUCUAGCGGCCGACAGCUCCGUGAACGGUGGCGUUUACACUUGCCGUUUCGAUAACGUCGCCGGCACCACUGAACAGAGUUUCAAUCUUCAAAUUUUAUAAUUAAUAUUAUUACAUAUAUUUAGAAUCCCCCCUUCUUCUUACACACGUAUGCAUGACACUUUCUUGUAAAUAGAUAUUAUCACACUAAAUUGGGAAACGAGAAUCACACGCUAAAUUUGAUGUGACAACGGUUUUGGCUACUACAUAUCCACAUUUUAUGCCACGUCCGAAAUCGGAAUUCAAAUUCACUAACUGACCCAAUAAAAAUGACGAACAGGAAAAUUGAAUUUAAAAAAUGACCAUUUACAUGAGAUCCAUAUAGAGAGGAACGCUGUUUGAAAAUCGCAGAUCACAACAUGGAUGCCAAAUGUCAAAAUGUUUGUGGAAAAUAAAAAGAAUCAAAUUAA